AUGACCUGGUCGAUGUCGCGACUGUCGGGGAAUGCACACUCGAAGCCCGUUUCCUCGUCGACCAUGGACGAUCGCUGCCCCAGCAAUCCCUCUGUGGUGCGCUCCCUCGGCGGUGUCUCCGAACUCCCCCCGCCAGUCUCUGUCUUAGCUACUAUUGAAAUCGCCACUGCGCCAGAGGCGGUGGGGGAGGUUUGGAAAGCUGACUGGUACAUCCCCCACUGCUACAAGAUCCCCGCAUUGGCGCAACUCAACCACCUAUUGGCGCAAAUCCCCCGCGCGCCCACACGGAGCGAUGUCUGGCACGCGGGGGCCGGCCCCGCGGACCUCCGGCGUUUCCACAACGACCUGGGGGAGGUCGUAUCUGAGGCAGAGCUCGCCCAGAAGCAGCUGGGAAUCUUCCUCCAGGCCGUGCAGACGACUGCGGCGGGGCUCCAAAAGGAGAUCGGGAAGCGCCUCUCGGCGGAGAAUCCGUCCGUUUUCCGGAAAUGGAUUCAGAAGCUUCCUGGAUUCGACGACCCGUUGCUUGCAGGAGGGGUAGGCGGGGGGAUGGGGCACGACGGUUCGCACAGCAGGAGCAACAGUAACAGUAGCGGGGGCGCCGGGAGCGGCGGGAACGGCAAUGCGGCGUGCGGGAAGCUGACGGACGGCAGCAAUGCGUCGUCGCCAGCGAAUAAGGUCAGCAGCGACUCGCCACGCGACGACAGCGCGCCGACGCUGCAGCCGUCGAAAGUCGCCCUUGCGAAUCGCAUGCGAUCGAAAUCCAUGAACGUAGUGUCGUCGGGGUCGCUCUUUCGAUCGCCGGACGACAGCAGCGUCGCCAAGCCCCUAGGCCCGGAAGUUUCACCCAUCUUCGCCUCGACAGGUCUGACCACACCUGGUAGUAAUGGCUCUGGCGCAGGCUCGGGUGCGGGCGGCUCUGCGACGCGGAAAAUGUUCACCCGCGCGUUUUCCGUGCGCGAGCGGCCGUCUGCCGUGUCGGGGGGGGACGGCGGCGGGAACAGCGUCGGAAGCGGCGGCGGAGGCGGAGGGGGUUUCCUAGACGCGUGUGGGUUCAGUCCCGUGUUACUGCGCGCAAGGAAUGCGGGGAGAGUCGGGCCUGUGGGGGAACACGAGGGGGAGGGGGCGGGUGACACACCCGUCAUGGGGCUCGGCGGGGGGAACGGGGGGAAUGGGGGGAACGGCGGAGUGAACGGAGGGGGGAACGGGGGAAACGGAGGGCGUGACGGAGGCAAUGGCGGGGGAAAGGUGGGCGGAGUGGCAGCGUGGGCAACACCGAGUGGAAUUGGAAACGAGAAUGCCGCGUUCCCUGUAAUCACCGAAGCUCAGCAGCAGCAGGUGCCGCAGGGGCCGCCUGUAGCAUCCUCGCCGCUACAUCCGCCGCGUCAGCCAGCCUCAGAACGCCACUCGGGACCGCUGUUACACGGCACGGGCCAAAUCCCAGCUUCGCACGCUGAUGCGGCGCGGAAAGGACCUGCAGAAAAGCAGCCAAGUGCGAAACCGAGCGGUUCGUCUAGUAAGGUCGGAAUCGGCGGGCUGCUAUUCAGAAGUCGAAGCUCCAAAAGUGGCAGCCACCGCUGGACGCAGUCGCAGCAGCAGCUGCAGCAGCGGGUAGCAGAGGAGGAGGAGGAGGAGGGCGGGGAGCAGGAAGAGCAGGAGAGAGGGCGCUUGAGCCCAUCCAGUGGCCGUAGGCUCGAGGGUGGCGCGUCAGGGAAGGGAACAGCAGCGUCCAGGAGGGUGGGGGGGCCAAGGCUCACCAAGAGCCGGUCAGAGAAGGCGCCUAGCAGCGCUAUGGGAGGGGCGAGGGGAGGGGCGCGCGGAGGAAAGAGCGGGCACGAACGGCUGCAGGAGAUUCUCAGCAGCGUGGGCAGCGGGUGGGGCGGACUGCCUUUAACCUCGUCGUUGAGUGGUGGCAGUGUUAGCUCGAGUGGCAGCUGCUUGCGGGGGGGUAGUCUGGUGUCUCGGAGCGCUACUGUAAGUGGGGUGGGACCGGCGUUGGGAGGCAUGAUGGGGCCGGCUGGCAGGGCUUCUGUGAUUGGCAGUGCGGGUGGCAGCAUGAGUGGCAGCAUGAGUGUGAGCGUGAUUGGUAGUGCAGGAGUCAGUCCACGGGGCCCGGCCAACGAAAGCUUUGCCUUCUCCCACCUGCCCCAAUCCCACAGACUCUCUCCUGCUUCCCACUCCCAAGACUCCUCUUCCAGUGAUUAUGCCAUGUCUCCGUAUGGGGGAAGUGACAGAGGGGGGGUGCAGGCAGAGAGGGGAAGGGAGCAGGAAGGAGGAAGUGGGGUGCUGCAGGGCAGCAGGGUGCUGCUGUCGCCAGCCAAGGCAGCGCAGGAGGAGAAACUGCUGGAGAUGCUGCGAUCCACACCGCCUGUUCGGUGGGACAAGCCGGUGAAGGCGUUCCCCAAGGAUGACCCCACCAAGGCUCCCCACCUGACGGCGUUCCUGGGCUACAAGGCGGGCAUGACGCACAUCGUCCGCGAGGUCGAGAAGCCCGGCUCCAGGCUGCACAAGAAGGAGGCUGCUGAGGCCGUCACCAUUGUCGAGACCCCCCCCAUGAUCGUCUGCGGUCUCGUCGCGUACGUGAAGACCGCGCACGGCCCGCGCACGCUCACGCACGUGUACGCCGGGCAUCUGAGCGACAACGUCCGUCGCCGGUGGUACAAGAACUGGCACAAGUCCAAGAAAAAGGCGUUCACCAAGUACGCUAAGAAGUUCAGCACUGACGAGGGCAAGAAGGAGAUCGAAGAGGAGCUGGAGCGCAUGAAGAAGCACGCGUCGAUCAUCCGCGUUAUGGCGCACACCGAGGUGCACAAGCUGAAGGGAAUCAAGCAGAAGAAGUCGCAUCUGAUGGAGAUCCAGAUCAACGGUGGCACGAUCGAGGAGAAGGUCGACUGGGGUUACAAGCUGUUCGAGAAGGCCGUGCCGAUCGAUGCCGUGUUCCGCAAGGAUGAGAUGAUUGAUGUCAUCGCCAUCACCAAGGGUCACGGUAACGAGGGUGUGGUACACCGUUGGGGUGUGACCCGCCUGCCUCGCAAGACCCAUCGUGGUCUUCGCAAGGUCGCCUGUAUCGGAGCGUGGCAUCCGGCUCGUGUGCCGUACACCGUGGCGCGCGCCGGUCAGAACGGUUACCAUCACCGCACGGAGCUCAACAAGAAGAUCUACAAGAUCGGAAAGAAGGGCGACGAGAGCCACAAGGCCAGCACGGAGUACGACCGCACGGACAAGGAAAUCACCCCCAUGGGAGGCUUCGCGCAGUACGGUGUGGUGGGCGAGGAUUACAUCAUGAUCAAGGGGUGCUGCCCUGGCGUGCGCAAGCGCGUGCUGACGCUGCGUCGGUCGCUGCUGAAGCAGACGUCGCGCAAUGCGCUGGAGGAGGUGAAGCUCAAGUUCAUCGACACGUCCUCCAAGUUCGGCCACGGUCGCUUCCAGACGUCCGAGGAGAAGGCCAAGUUCUUCGGCCGCACCAAGGCGUAA